UUAAUAAAAGCAUUUUAAGGCGAUGUCAAGUGACGAAUAAAUCUCAAUUAAUACUAUUCAGUCAUUGGCACGUAAUAUUGAAAUAAUUGUGUAUUGAAACAUUUUACCGGAAAAAAAUACGUCGCUUCCAAGAUAUGAAAUUAGGAGGAAUAUUUCCUGUGAGCAAACUGGUUGACCAAGAUACUCUAAAGAAAGUUAAAUAAGCAUAAUAAACGAUUUACUCACCAGCAAAAGUUUCAUUUGUCAUCAGCUGAAUAGUACAGAAAAAAGAAGACCCUUGUAAUUAGUAAAUACAAUGCAAAUAUCUGCCAACUCAUGUAAGAUUUCAUUCAUAAAUUUGUGGCAGAAGUAGUGGACCGUUUUGCCGGCAACUGGUAAUAGCAAUUGCGCUAUGAAACACGAUUUUAAAAGACUUUAGUGUUUCAUAAAUGUAAAGUAAUGAAGCAUUAGAUUAAAACAUUUUCACAUUCAAUCAAUUUGAGAAGAAAUUUAUGCUCGUUUAUGACGGAAAAACUGUAUGUCAGCGACAUGUGUAGUGAAGCGUCUUCUCUACAGCAGUAUUUACAGCCACAUUUACUGACGCAUAGGAACAAGAAAUCUUAUACUUGCGAUACAUGUUCUAUGGCCUUUUCUGAAACGAGCACUCUAAAGAAGCAUUUAGUAACGCAUACGGGAGUGAAACCAUAUCGCUGCGAGAUAUGCAAUUUGGCUUUUUUUCUAAAAGGAACUUUAACGAAACAUUUACUAAUCCAUACGGGAGAGAAACCAUAUGUCUGUAAUAUUUGCAAUAACGCAUUUUCUGGGAAGAGCAACUUAAAGAGACAUUUAGUGACACAUACGAAAGAGAAACCAUAUCCUUGCGAGAUUUGCAAUAAAGCAUUUGCUCUGAGGGGAAAUUUAAAGAAACAUUUACGAACACAUACGGGUGAGAAACCAUAUGCCUGUAGUAUUUGCAAUAAAGCGUUUUUACGGAAUGUUCAUUUAGAGACACAUUUACUAACACAUACGAAAGAGCCACCGUAUCCUUGCGAGAUUUGCAAUAAAGCCUUUUCUCUGAAAGAAUGUUUACAGAAACAUUUACUAACACAUGCGGGAGAAAAACCAUAUAUCUGUAACAUUUGCAAUAAAGGGUUUUCUCUGAGAGAAUCUUUAAAGAAACAUUUACUAAUGCAUACGGGAGAGAAACCAUAUGUCUGUGAUAUUUGCAAUAAGGCGUUUUCUGAGAAGAGCAACUUAAAGAGACAUUUACUGAUACAUACGAAAGAGAAACCAUAUCCCUGCGAUAUAUGCAAUAUGGCGUUUUCUCGAAAGACCAAGUUAAACAGACAUUUACGGACACAUACAGGCGAGAAACCAUAUGCCUGUAGUAUUUGCAAUAGCGCGUUUUCUCAGAAGGAUACUUUGAAGAUACAUUUACUAACACAUACGGGAGAGAAACCAUAUGUUUGUGAGUUAUGCAAUAACGCGUUUUCUCGAAAGGGCAUGUUAAAGAGACAUUUACUGACACAUACGAAAGAGAAACCAUAUGUCUGUAACAUUUGCAGUAAAUCGUUUUAUGAGAGAGGAUGUUUAAAGAAACAUUUACUAAUUCAUACGGGAGAGAAACCGUAUGUGUGUAGUAUUUGCAAUAAAGCCUUCUCUCAGAAGAUUCAUUUAGAGACACAUUUAAUAACACAUACGGGAGAGAAACCUUAUGUUUGUGAUAUCUGCAAUAACGCGUUUUCUCGAAAGGACGUUUUAAAGAGACAUUUACUGACACAUACGAAAGAGAAACCAUAUGUCUGUAACAUUUGCAAUAAAGCGUUUUAUGAGAGAGGAUGUUUAAAGAAACAUUUACGAACACAUACGGGUGAGAAACCAUAUGCCUGUAGUAUUUGCAAUAAAGCCUUUUCUCAGAAGGUUAAUUUAGAGACACAUUUACUAACACAUACGGGAGAGAAACCGUAUGCAUGCGAUUUAUGCAAUAAAGCGUAUACUCGAAAGCACGAUUUAAAGAAACAUUUACUGAUACAUACAAAAGAGAAACCGUAUCCUUGUCAGAUUUGAAGCUGUCUUCUCAUGGAGGAAAUUUAAAGAAACAUUUACCAAUACAUGCUGGAGAGAAACAGUAUGUUUGUAAUUUAUGUAAUAACGCGUUUUCCCAAAAGGGCAACUUAAAGAGGCAUGCUUGUGAUUUAUGAAAUAACGCAUAUUCGCGAGAGGAAAGUUUAAAGAAACAUUUAUUGACUCAUACGAAGGAAAAUCCUUUUGUUCGUGAUGAGUUUUAUACGGCGUUUUCUGAUCGAAUCAAUUCAAACAGACAUGUUCUGCCACAUACGAACGAGAAAUUGCAUGCCUGCGAUAACUGUUACAUGGUAUUUUCUGAUCAGUUAACUUUAAAGAGGAAUUUACUACAAAAUAGUAGAAACAACAAACAGACUUUAAAUCGAUCCCGGUGUUCUGUUUAUUAGAGAUUUUUCUCACGCAUGUAGAAAGUAUAAUUUUUUGAAAUCUGUAAAUAUCUUGGACUGAUUUUUUUUUUAUUUACGUCGAAGAAGAAACUCGUGCCGGAACCUGAACAGUAACGAGUUUUUUGAGCAGUGGAAUUAAAAAAAAAUUACUGAAAACUCAAGAAAAAAAUCAUGUUUCUAAGAUUUAUGUAAUAGAUAAUGAGUUUAGCAUGUGUACGCCUGCGAAAUGCUUAUUAAAACAUUUUCUUAAAAACCUGUUUAAGAAAACAUUUUUCGAUAGAUAGGAAAGAGAAGCCAUAAAAAUGUGACUUGUAUUAAAGCAUUUUCUGCGAAAAGAAAAGAAGUUGCAUGGGAAGAGAAAUCGUAACAUUUUUCCCCUCUCUCUUUUGAAGAACGAUUUGAAGAGUGCAUUUUACUGCAAUUCUGUAAGAAGUUAGGUAUUUGUAAAUUCAUUAGUAAGAUAAUGACUUUCUUAUUCAUGACAUUUCCGUUCUGGUCAUAAAACUGUCGUUUUAAAUGUUAUCUAGAAAAGUGAGAUUUGGCGAAAUUUGACCUUUUGUAUGGAAAGUAUUUUGUAUUCCAUUAAUUUUUGGAUAUUUAAUGACUUUUAAUAUAAUCUGAAUAAUUUCCAUAGUGUGUUUUACAGGAGAUGAACUUUAUUUUCAAU